GUGGGGUGAUGGGAGUGGAGAGGGAGGGCGGGAAAUCCCAGUGCAGGGAGAGGGUCGACCAGACCGGCUUGGCUCCCUGGGCACCUCUGUCAGAGCCCCGCCCAGGGCUGCGUGGCCGCCCAUAUAAGUGGCUCUGGGCUGAGAGGGAGAAGUCAGUGCCUGUGUCUCCACACCUCUGUCUCCAUCACUGCCUCACAGUCCUGCAGCCACUUCUGCCGUCCCCAACGCCACCUCCUCAGGGCCAGCAAGAUGCAGUUUGAGAUGCACGACAACGUGAAAGGCAAAGCUAUGUCCUACCCCGUGACCAGUCAGCCCCAGUGCGCCACCACCAGCUGCUACCAGACCCAGCUCAGUGACUGGCACACAGGUCUCACGGACUGCUGCAACGACAUGCCUGUCUGUCUGUGCGGCACUUUUGCUCCCCUGUGCCUCGCCUGCCGCAUCUCCGACGACUUCGGCGAGUGCUGCUGCGCGCCCUACCUGCCCGGAGGCCUGCACUCCAUCCGCACCGGCAUGCGGGAGCGCUACCACAUUCAGGGCUCCGUCGGGCACGACUGGGCGGCCCUCACCUUUUGUCUGCCCUGCGCGCUCUGCCAGAUGGCGCGGGAGCUGAAGAUCCGAGAGUAAGGAAGUUCCCUGUCUUCCCCGUCCUUUUCCACCAGUCUCACCUCUGGCCUUAUCUGGCCACUCCUGGGAGGGACUGCCUCACCACCCCUGUCUCGCUGCCAGAAAUACACCCACAAUAAAAACCUGAAAACCAA